AUGACAGAAAACGGUGUUCGAAAUCGUUUAAAAAACGGGAAGAAGAGUGAAGUAUCGACUGUUACUAACGGGGAUGUGAUCAAAGAAAAUGAGUUCAAAGUUCGAGAGUCUCCUUUGACGGAGCUGAUACAGUCCUCAUUGCACAUAAGGGCCAUAUACAACAUAUUUGUGGUCAUACUCCUCGUGUUGUUUUGCGACACCGUCAUAUACGACCUCGUCGACAGAGGAAAGAUAAAUAUAGGACUGGGGGUUAUUGCAGCAGGAUUUGGUGACAUCAGGAGAGGAAUGAAGUUAUGGCUGUACGACUUCUUUAUUGCUAUGGCUUUUUACCCACUGCUCGUAGCAUAUUCUUGGGCCGGAAAAGUCUCCAGAAAAUAUCCAGUAUUACGUCCAACGGUGAUGAUGCUGGGGAUAGUCGGUGUGAUUGCCGUGGAGGUUGCCGCCGCUAUAGUGCCCGUCGUGGAGCUCGGCAGGAAGCAUCUGGAGCUCGGCUCUUCUAUCACUGUCACCUGCGAAAUGUUCCGCUACAUGAUGAAGCUUGUGUCAGUGUCUGUGGCUUGCGGGCCGCGGUGUUUGAGCGGGAACCUGCCGCUGCCAACCUUCAAACACUACGUAUACUUCAUGUUCGCGCCAACUCUCCUUUACAGAGAUCAAUAUCCCAGAACGAAGAGGAUAAGAUGGGGCGUGGUGGUAUUCCAUUUCCUGGAAGUUGCCGCCAUUAUAUUCUACAAUUGUUUUCUCUGGGAGAGAUUCAUCAUGCCCUACUGGUCUGACUACGGGAAGGAAAGGACGGUGGAAGCAGGCACGCUAGUCCGAGGUAUGUUUGCGUGUGUGCUGCCGGGAGUGAUAUCCUUCCUAUGUGGGUUCUACUGUGUGCUGCACGCCUGGCUCAACGCCUGGUCCGAGAUGCUCAAGUUUGGAGACCGGCUAUUCUAUGAGGACUGGUGGACGACUUCUCAAUUUUCCCUAUACUAUCGUCGCUGGAAUCGAGUCGUACACUCCUGGCUGCGAGACCACAUCUACAUUCCCCUGGCGCCACAUGCUGGACGUCCUCUAGCCACAUAUCUCGUCUUCUUGGUUUCAGCAAUAGCCCACGAGGUUAUCCUGGCGUUGUCUUUUGGCUUCUUUUACCCAGUUCUUCUGGUGGAAUUUGGUUUAAUUGGUGUCGUGAUGGUGCCGCUCACAGCGAAGAGUGGCCAGCUCUUCCCUAACGUGUUCAAUUUGAUCAUGUGGCUCGGUUUCUUCAUAGGAAACGGAAUUCUGUGGAGUUUAUACCCGAUGGAAUACUUCGCCCGGCGGAAUUGUCCGGUAUUGGAAACCGACAGCUACUUCAUUCCAAAGUCAUGGUCCUGCCCAGAAGUCAUUCUGAAACCUAACUGGACAUUCCAGAAUCCUUUACGGAUAUUUACAAAAUAG